GUUAUCGAAAAAUUGAAAGCAAAAGCAAACGCGUUUCGAACAACGUAAACUUGCAGCGUAUUAGCGUAUGUAUUUUGUUUGCAGCAGACUAGUGACUCAGUUGUCAUAAAAUUUCCCAUUUUUUGGCUGAUAAGAUGACUUGAUCUGCUGUGUCAAGUGAGACAUGACUCUGGAAAUGAUACAGCUGGCUUGAUUCCAAACACUCAUGGAGGACAUUAAUGGACAAGUAAUUGUCCUCAAUGUUUACAACAGACAUCUAAAUAUAAACAGGAUUUUCCUUUAUAAAUGUAAACAUGAAGAUGUUUCUGUUGUACCUACAAAUGUUGAUGGGGCUAUAUCAUACAGUGAUAGUACAUAUUUAGACCAAAUAAUUUGCAAGAGGAUUUUGAUAUCUGAUGAUGAUUUAAAACAUGAAAAGAAUGAUGGCAGUUGCAUCUCAAACCAUCUUGAUGAGAAUACUGUUAUAUUCCAUUUGACCUUUGAUCCUCUGUUGGUGUCUUGCCUGGUAAAUGAAAUUUACAACUCAAGACAUUUUAGAAACAGUUUUUACAGCAAUGUGUUGAAAGAAUUAGGUACUUCAUCUUGGAUCAAAUUAAAUGUUAAGUGUAAAAGAAAAUCAGAUAUAUCAAAUAUAGAAGCAGAUUUGAAAUGGUGUUGUCAUAUGUUACCAUACCUAAAAAUGAGACUUGUUUUUGAAGAUGCCUUCUCAUGGCUGUCAACGUUGGGUGGUGCCUAUUCAUCUUUAGGUGAUCAAUUCCACCAUUGUGCGUCCACAGCUGGCAGGAUAUCAGAGCAGCAAUUUUCUCUCGCCAAGAAACUAGGGGAUCCUUAUCUGAUGUCACGUUGUUUUGUGUACUUAUCAUUGAGCUUGAUGCAAAGAGGUUUCCUUAGACAUGCCAAAUAUAUACUCAGGAAGCAGUAUGCUUUUGCAACACAACGAGAUGAAAUUGCUGAUUUUAAACUAGUAGCAAUGUGCAAAGGAGUCUGGUGCAAACUUCAGUAUCUAUAUCAUGUUAAAAAACAAGAAAAAAUUACAAAAGCUCUAACAUUUUGAUUUUGUCGUGUAAAAUGUAUUUCCACCAUUAUAAUGAUAUUGCAGCCUGCUUGAGAAAUUCAAGUGUUAAAUAAUGUCAUGUGUUAAAUAUUUUUGCUUAAUAAGAAAAUUUAAUUUUGUAUAUUAAAGUUGAUAUGAUUCACAUUAA